AUGCCUGCCAGGAGUGGAAAUAAUAAAACGAAUAAUGCCCGCCAUGCGCGUACGACAUCUUGGUCGAGUGGCUUCCACUUCAUCCAGAAGACCGGCGAAUCCUCCGAAAACGCGCAAGGCCGCCGACGACGCGAGUCCAAUACCUCCCUCGCCAGUGUUGAAGAACGCUCUUCCUCCCAAGAUUCGCUCGACUCGUUCGCCAUCGAUGAUAACAUGUUAAGAAAUACCUCAAUGGAUCUGGGUGGUGACCGCAAAACCCAGCAUAGGAGCCCCCCGACUGUGCGGGAGCCAACUCGCCCCGCGCUCGUAACGUGGAUGUCGCUGCCGCGGAAGGGUCAACUGGGACUGCUGGGCCUCUGUCGUGUCUUUGAUUUCUUGCAGAUUGCGUCGCUACAGGCCUACAUGUUCUACCAGCUCAAGUCGUUCGAUUCGAACCUGUCCGAUUCCGAUGUCGCGACCCAGGCGGGAAUUCUGCAGGGCGCUUUUACUGCUGCUCAGUUUGCGACGGCGAUCCCUUGGGGUCGUGUUGCCGAUGCGGAGUGGGGUGGUCGAAAGUUUGUUCUACUUGUUGGUCUGGUGGGCACCGCGGUGUCUUGUUUGGGAGUCGCAUAUUCGACGUCGUUCGCGCAGGCCGUGUUCUGGCGCUCGUUUGGUGGCGCCAUCAAUGGCACCGUUGGUAUUAUUCGGACUAUGAUUGCGGAGAAUGUGAAAGAGAAGAAAUAUCACUCGCGGGCUUUCUUGAUUCUGCCAAUUGGCUUCAACAUAGCUUCGUUAUUUGGUCCUGUGAUGGGUGGCAUGCUGGCGGAUCCCGUUAAGAGUUACCCCCGCCUCUUUGGUCCCAAUUCUUCCUUUGGAGGCGCGGAUGGAGUGCAAUGGCUCGAGAAGUACCCUUAUGCACUGCCGAUGUUCGCAAACUUCUGUUUCCUCUCUGCAACGGCAGCCUUGGUUGCGUAUGGGUUAGAAGAGACCUUGGCGUCUUGCAAGGGUAAGCCUGGCCUGGGUGUAUUUGCUAAGAGGUUGUUUGCGCGCGGCGCGAAGAAGGUGUUCCCCUCUUCGUUGUCCUCGUACACAAAAAUUCCGCUGCGCGACUACGAAGAGGAUGGGCCUUUGCUGGGCCGCCCCACGGACCACUCGGAAAGCUAUGAACUCGAAGAAAAGGCGCACAAGCCUGCCCGCCUUCGACGCGUGUUACCUUUCCGAAGAAUCUGGACCAAGAACGUGUUGUGCACCCUCGGCGCACAGGCUUUCUUCGACUUCCAAAUGGGUGCUUUCAACAACCUCUGGCUCCUUUUCCUGUCUACUCCCCGCUAUGAUGCCAAUGAUCCUGCGAGCCCCGCCCGAAGCUUGCCAUUCGCUUUCACCGGCGGACUGGGCAUGCUGCCGCAGAGCGUUGGUUUCGCAACCGCCAUUUUGGGUGUAAUUGGCAUGCUCCUCCAGUUUACCAUCUACCCUACUAUCAACGGCCGUCUGGGGACAGCCAGGAGCUACCAAUAUUUCCUCUCCCUCUUCCCGAUUGCAUACUUCAUUGCCCCUUAUAUCUCGCUGGCUCCAUCUACAAUUCCCCCUCCCGGUCAAGCCAACGGCCCCUGGGUUUGGUUCUGGAUCAUUGUCGUCCUAUUCUUCCAGGUCACUGCCCGAACCUUCACUCUUCCCACCUCUAUUAUCCUGCUGAACAACUGCUCGCCACAUCCAUCAGUCCUUGGCACAAUCCACGGAAUUGGUCAGUCAGUCUCGUCAGCCUUCCGUACUAUUGGACCUAUCUUUUCAGGUGCGUGGUAUGGAUAUGGUCUGGAUAUUGGCAUGGUCGGCUUCGCUUGGUGGUUGAUUGCAUUGGUAUCCGUGUUUGGCUGCCUUGCAGCUAUCUUCGUAUAUGAAGGUUCUGGACAUGAGAUUACCCUUCCUGGUGAGGAAGACGAGAUCUGA